GCUACUUCAAUGGCUCCUCUUUCUUCCUUACUGGAUAUAAAUCUUUCUAUAGAUUACAGAAAUUUUUCCUAUUAAAUAGAUUAUUCUCUACUAUAAAAGGUCACUCAUUUUCUUUUCUAGGUUGCCCUUUAUUUUUUGAGAAAUUAAGAAAAUUCUUAGAAUGGAAAAAUCACACCAUUUUUCAUUGUCUGAUCUCUUGUGUGGAGAAGACGAUUCAUGCUUGAAUGAACGCGGUAUCAAGGAUUUGGGCUCUGUUUCUGAGUUUGAUGAUGAGUUUAUAAAAUUGUUAAUUCAAAAGGAGAGCAUUUUUCAAUCGGAUGGAAAUGGUUUUUCAAUCGAGAGUGAAGGAGACUGGUUGAAAUGCGCUCGUUUGGAUGCCAUUAGAUGGAUUCUUGAGACAAGGGCCUUUUUUGGAUUUCAAUUUGAUACAGCUUAUCUUUCGAUUAUUUAUUUAGACAUCUUCUUAUCAAGAAGAUCCAUUGAUGAUCCUAAAUUGUGGGCUAUUAGAUUAUUGUCAGUUGCAUGUUUAUCAGUGGCUGCAAAAAUGGAGGAAUGUAUAGUACCAGCAUUAUCCGAAUAUCAUGUAGAUGAAUUUAAUUUUGAAAGGAAUGCGAUUAAGAAAAUGGAGUUGUUGGUUUUAAGUACUUUGAAAUGGAAAAUGAGUUUAAUUACUCCGUUUGCUUAUCUCGAUUAUUUCUCUGCGAAAUUCUCUGGUGAAUUAAGGUGCGACGAACUGUUAAAAAGAGCCGUUGAAUUGAUCAUCGAUGUAAUUAAAGAAGUUAAUGUGGGGGAAUAUCGGCCGUCCAUUAUUGCAGCAACCGCGGUUUUAGCAUCGCAUGAUUAUGCAUUAAUGGAAAAGGAUGUGGAGAUUAAGAUGAAUGUUAUUCCAUCAUGGGAGUCCCUUGAGAAAGAGGAUUUGUUUUCGUGUUACAAUCUAUUGCGAACAUUCAAGUUCGCGAAGUCCAAUACCCCCAACUCUGUGAUUUUACCGAAUUUAUCAUCGAGUCAAUCAAGCUCUGAUCAUGCUUCCGAGAAUUCUUCAAUCACUUCGACUGUUGGCGUGAAGAGAAGACUUUCAUAUCCUGAUGGUGAUCGAUGCUGUCCUCCUCGCCCCUAGUUGGUGUGAGGUAUUGAAUUUUGAAGAUAAGAUUGGAUUUUCAGCUUUAAUGAAAAUUAAAAAUACCAACAUAUGGUAUUAUUUGGAGUUGAUGAUUGGCUCCAUUAUCAGCAUUAAGCAAAUGUCAAAGGUAUGACAGCAAAACAAAUAGAAAAAGGAGGGAUUUGCAUAAAGAAAGGGAAAUAUAUCUUUCUCGAAUCCAAUUGAAGUUUGUUGUUAGUUUUUUCGGUAGUCGGGGUUUCACGAACUCUUCUAGUGAUCCUCCCCUUUCCGAAUUUUUUUUUUUUUUUCCUUUAAUUUCCGACAU